CGAAGAAGCAUUCAACGCGCCGUGCGAUUGCGGCUGAGACUCGACGAAAGACUCCAGAUCCGCUUUCCUGCGGGUUCAUCGUUAGAUGACGUUCCUCUGCGAAUAAUGACAAUCGUGACGAGACGCCGGGCGGAUACCGCGAAUGACAUAAAUCUCGGUGUAUAUAAACGAUAUCGCGAUGACCCGGGGAUCAGUUAGUGUCAGCCGAUAAUUCUUAGCCGAAGUUGUCAGUGUCUCGCGAGGACCAUCAUUCUCGCGCGUCCUAAUGUUCGCCCUUUUCCUGCUGAUCGCGUGCGCAAUCCACGCGAACGCGCACGAGAGAAACGGCCGAGUCGUCAAGGAUUACGGCGCGGAGGUCCACAAGGUGGGACUGGAGCGUCGGAUAUUCAACUUGAAGAGGAACGGCGUCAACAUCGACGUGAAGGUGGUCCCGUCAGUCAAGGACGAGUCGGGUGACAGCAAGGACGACGACGAGAACGACUACUUCCCGGAGUUUCCCGUUAAGGACAUCGGCCGAUGCAUCAUCGAGUUCUCGUUGGGCUGCAUCAGAAAGCGUUUCGUCCGUUUUCUGGAGACAGUGGGUCGCCUCGAUGAGAUCACGCUGCUCGGACAGGACGUGAAGCUGGUGAGGAGCAGAAUCGCGCGCUCCGACGGUCGGGCUGCGAGGAAUGACUCGGACGUCAGUAUCGAGCGCAGCGUGGACGAUUUAUUCGAUUCCUUCACUCUGCGUAUCACGCUGCCCCGGUGGAACAGCAAGCGGGAGAAGAAUCAGAUCGACGUGAUGUUGGAUGACACCGCCGUGGCAGAAGGACGAGGAAAGAAAGGAGGAGGCGGUGGCAAAGGCAAAGGCGGCAAGUGCAAGAUGAUGAUGAUGGGCAUGCUGAUGAUGGUCAAGAUGAAGCUGAUGGGUUUGGCGGCGAUGAAAGGUAUAAUGAUGGGCGGCAUGUCUUUGAUGCUGUCCAUGAUGAUGUUGUCGCAGAAAUUUGGCAAAGGCGGUGGUCCUUGGCAAAGCGGCGGUGGAGGAGGAGGAGGUCAGCUGAAGGAAAUUGUUCUCCUCACAAAAUCCUCAGGCGGCGGUAGCGGUGGUGGUGGCGGUUGCUGCGGCGGCGGGCUUAGCGAUAGUUACAGCGCACCACCGCCAAGCAGUUAUGGUACCCCUUCAGGAGGAGGGGGAGGGGGAGGCUACAAUGGUGGUGGUGGAUGGGGUCGCAGCUUCCACAGGCAAUCGAUGACAUUGUCGCACGACAAAGUAAUCAAGACGGAAAAUGGACCUGAUCGCGCGCCAAUGAUGGGCGAGGUCAUCGCAAACGCGGAGAACAUCGAUUAUCCGGACUAUCAGGACUAUCAGGAAGUACCCACGAUCGCGAUGUCGAACUCUACGGUUUUCAAUUGGAGCAAGAUGAACGACAUCGCCUUUCAAGAGCACAAAGCGAUUGAUUUGAAUCUGGGGAAGAAUAAUAACUCAAAAAUAGAGUCUACGGUGAUUGCAACAGGCAGAAGUCUCGUCCUUAGUGGCGAUUUACCUGCCAAUGUUGUUGGUGUAAUUCGGAAGGAUCCAGUAUCGAGUGAACUCGACGUUAAUCGCGACAAAAAUAUGUUGCAUCCGAUAUACGCGGACGAGUGGCAAGCUACGGCUGAGAAAACAACUUCUGAUAAUGCGGCGCCCUUGAAUUCGAACGUGAGAUUCGAAUCGCCACGAGAUCCGCGUGUUAAGGAUAUACCUUUGCUGCGUGGCAUUUAGUCGGGCAAUAAUUACACAAAGCUUGAUCUGGCUUCUGUGUUGGUGUCGCAUACUUCGUGAAUUUAUUUCGAUGUAAAAAAGUAUGUGAAUAUAAUCCCAUGUAAAAAAAAACAUAUAAAUAAUCUUAUCUUUAGCAAGUGUUUAUAUGUGGCCUCAAGAGUAUUCUUCUAAAAUCAAAAGGGAAAUAUUAUAAGCGCAAUAUUUUUAAAGUUAGCACACAAUUUCACCUUUUAGCUACAGUACAAUAUUAUGUUCUAAAAAUUAUUAUGUUGUUAAAAAUGUUAGAAUAGAAUGUUCCCAAUUAAUAAUCCACUUUACUAGAAGAGAAAUACUUUUCCGGUAAAAAUUUGUUUAAAAUAUGGGAUUACACAGGAAACAGCUCAUUGCAACUAAAGUCCUUAUUUUUGGGUAUUAGAAUAUUUUCCUAUUGGUUUCAGAAGAAUCUUCUUGAGACCAUAAAAAGAAUUUCGCGAAAACCAUUUCGCGAAGGAUGAGAUUAUAUGUUUCUAGGCGUGGGGAAACAAACCCAUGAAGGACACGACAUUAGUUCGGAAAUCAAAUCAAGAGUUACACAAAGUAUUUUCGU